AUGCUCUUAUCACCGGGCUCCAGCAGGCGGCAGGAGCGUCGGCGAGAACAAAUCAGAGUAUCGCAACGCAACUUUAGAGAGCGGCAAAGGAACCGUAUUGCGGCCCUUGAGUCCCAGGUUAAUCGUUUAGAAGCAAUGAUACGCGCGGUGGAGCAUCUAAAUGACACGAAGGACAGUCCCACAUACGGCAGAGCACUGCGGUCGAUUACAAGACUUGUGGAAGGUCUUGAGCCAUCUAGUAUGCCUUCUGUGGUACAUCCUCGCUAUGAAUCUAUGCGGAGCAAAGUACAGCAACUCAAGCAACCUGCACCAUCGACAGGUCAGAGAUUUAUAGGUACAUCAAUUCAUGCGGCACUCAUUGAUCGGUUCGUCGAUUAUAUGUCUCCUUUUCGUAGUGUGCCACAAGCGAAACACCACUGGGUCAAUGACAACCAGCCGAGGCGCGCCUGGCGGACUGGUGCCGGGUUAAUGGGUUCGGAUUUCGUACACAAUGCAUACCUGGCAGCUGCUACGAGAUUCACAGGACAGGAACUAGAUGACCCAAGACUUACUCACGCUGCAGAUGGAUUAUACUCCUCUGUUUUAGGGCAACUCCAGAAGGCAAUUAUGGAUCCGAUUACGAGCAAAUCGGAUGAAGUCCUGGUAGUUACAAUAACGUGUCUGCUAUAUGAGGGUCGUCUUCGUCGCACCACACCGAACGCGGAAGCCCACGUCCGGGGUUCACUUGCUCUCUUUGCCCACCGUGGACCCGUAACUUGCGUUGCGGGAGUUGCACAUGACGUGUAUGUGGAAGGAAGAAUGUUUUGGGUAUGGUUUUCUGUCAUGAGGCGCUGCUCAACAAUUCUUUCGGAACAAGCUUGGAAACAUAUACCUUGGUCUUUGGACGUCGCCCGCAAGGACAUGAUGGACCAUCUCCUCGACAAUAUAGUUGACAUCUCAACUCUAUUAGCACUGAUAGAUGAGAGUUGCGCCGGGAAUUCAAACCGGGGAAACUCAGUGUUGUCGGCCCGCAUUCUCACUACCCUGAGGGAUAUCAGCCAGAACCUCCGCGCAUGGAAACAUUCCUGGAUGGGGCCCAAGCACGGCAAUGUCUCCGAGAAACCAGUACCUGCUGGGUUUGCUCCAGUUUUCGAAUAUGUCAACAGCAAUACCGGCAAUCUGGUCCGCCCAACCAUCUUCAUGUUCAAUGAUGCAGUUGCUUUCCAGGCUUCGUGCCAUUACUACGCUGCUCUCUUGAUCGUGUCCAUGGUCCAGCGAAAACUAUUCGUCAAGGACAUAGCAAAACGCUCCGGUGACCUUGACUUCGCUAUACUUCGCCUUCGCAACCUGAGUCCCGAAGCAAUUAUUGAGCCCGGCGUGCUUAACGGUGGUCCGUCGCAUGGCUGUCCGAUGGGCACAAAUGGAUUGCGGUCAAGAACUACAAUUCCAGAGAGGCUCAUCAAGCCUUGGAAGCUACCGCCGCGCAAGAGUUAUAUUUUCACGCACGCAAAUGUUAUAGAUGCGUCUACCGGCAAGAUACUCCCUGAUACCACGGUGAAGAUCUCUAAUGGCACCAUCGAAGCAGUGUGUAGCGCCGAUGAACUACCUGCCGUUGGUGAUAGUGAGACCGUCAUGACUAUCAACGCCUCCGGGAAAUACCUCUCCCCUGGUCUCAUCGAUGCCCACGUUCACCUCACAGCCGUCCCCGGAUCCGCAUCCCUCGAUGGCUCCAUGGGCGACGAUGCCACGAUCUCACAUCUAAGACAGCCAUUUGUAGCAGGUCAAAGUCUGCGCCGUGGGUUCACGACUCUCCGCGACUGUGGCGGCGCUACUCUGGCACUCAAAGAGGCCAUAGCGGACUCUGUCUUCCCCGGACCACGUCUCUUCAUCGCCAAUCGCGCUUUGUCGCAGACCGGUGGCCAUGGCGACCGCCGUGGUACGCAUGAUCACACCCAACCGUGUUGUGGCGGUGAACGCGCCGGGCUGUCAAUGGUCUGUGACGGCGUGCCAGACUGCAUCCGCGCUGCGCGUGAGCAGCUGCGCACUGGUGCUGAUUUCAUCAAAAUCAUGGUUGGGGGCGGAGUGGCUUCGCCCACUGACAAGCUUUCCAAUACUCAGUUUACUUCUGCUGAGAUACAGGCCAUCGUUGAGGUGGCGGAAAGUUACGGCACGUAUGUGACUGCUCAUGCGUACACACCAAGAGCGAUCCGACACGCAAUUUCUAAUGGCGUGCGGGGGAUCGAACAUGGAAACUUCAUCGAUGAGGAUACAGCCCGGCUGAUGAAAGAAAGGGGAGCUUGGUUGACGCCGACGCUAGUGACCUACGCUGCGAUGGCAGACAACAAAUACGCGGGGUUUCUGCCUCCUGGUAAUGCUGCCAAGAAUGUCGAGGUGUUAGAAAAAGGGCUAGAAAGCCUCAGGACUGCGACACGUGCCGGUGUCAAGAUAUGCUACGGCAGUGAUCUCCUAGGACCCUUGACGUCAGAGCAACUCGGGGAGUUUAAAAUUCGAAGACGAGCGUUGAGCGAUGCGGAGAUAUUGAAGGCUGCGACUGUGAACCCAGCCGAGAUGAUUGGCCAGAAAGACUUUUUGGGCCAGAUCCGCGAAGGGUAUGCUGCUGAUCUCCUUGUGAUGGGCGCUAAUCCUUUGGAUGAUGUCUCCGUGUUCGACCAACCAGAGAAGAACUUGCUGGCCGUUAUCAAAGAUGGUAGAGUUUACGAUAGUCGGUGGAGUCGACUACCAGUGGAUGUCAAAGACGAGGUGAAUUUCAUAGAGUAG